AAUGUGGAGCCAGCAGGUGGAGGGGACUGAAGAGGAGGUGAUGGCUGCAGGCUAAGGUGUGGGACACCCAUGCCCAGGACUGGCCUGCAGGCCCUGCUGUCCCCAGCCCUUCAGCCAGGAGCCUCUUUGAGGCAGCCAUGGUGCCCCGCUGGGAGCUGGGCCUGUACCUGCUGGCCUCGCUUGGCUUCCACCUCUACUCCUUCCGGGAGGUGUACAAAGUCUCCAGAGAACACGCCACCGAGCUGGACCUGGAGUUUGAGCUGGAGCCGGGCACCUUGUUUGGAGGACUCAAGAGGGAUCCAACUGACUUUGAGUGGAGCUUCUGGAUGGAGUGGGGGCGGCGGCGGCUUGCCUGGCUGCUGCUGGGCCACAUGGCCACGUCCCAGCUCGCCAGCUGGUUUAUCCCAAAGCUCCGGCCCUGGGUCCUCGGCACCUAUGGAGCCUGGGCCUGCUGGUGUGUGCUGGGGGCCGCAGGGCUGGCCAUGGUGGUCCUGUACGCCAGUGUGGCCUUCUGCGUGGCCCAGCUACGCUCACCCGUCCUGUCCUGGCUCAGUGCUCUGCUGCUGCUGUCCUCACUGCGCCUGGAGCAUGUGGAUCAGCUCAAGCGAGGCUGGUAUGGCUCUGAGGACGAGUUCUACCUGCUGCAGUUCACGCUGGCCGUGCGCUGCCUGCACUGCACUGGCUGUAGCCUGGAGCUCUGCUGGCGGCCACCCCCUGGACCCCGCGCUCACUGCUUCCCCUGGGUGCUGGCCUACGUCUUCUACUACCCAGCUUUCCACAAUGGCCCCUUCCUCAGCUUUCCGCGCUUCCUCCGCCAGAUGCAGCAGCAGGAACCAGGACCCCCGAGGGCGGGCCUGCUGGCCCUAGCGGUGGGGCUGGGCCGCCUGCUGUGCUGGUGGGGGCUCGCGGAGCUCAUGGUGCACCUCAUGUACACGCACGCCAUCUGCAGCAGCACACCCCUACUGAGCGCCGUGUCUGCCUGGACCUUAGGAGGACUAGCGUUGGCCCAGGUGCUCUUCUUCUAUGUGAAAUACCUGGUGCUCUUCGGGGUUCCUGCUCUGCUCAUGCGCCUCGAUGGGCUCACGGCGCCGCCCCUGCCACGCUGCGUCAGCACCACGUUCAGCUUCACGGGCAUGUGGAGGACCUUUGAUGUUGGACUGCACGAGUUCCUCAUUAGGUACGUGUACAUCCCCGCAGGCGGGUCUCGGCACGGCCUGCUGGGAACACUGCUGUCCACAGCGCUGACCUUUGCCUUCGUGAGUUUCUGGCAUGGCGGACACGAGGAUCUAUGGUGCUGGGCGGCACUCAACUGGCUGGGCGUCACAGUGGAGGGUGCUGUGCGGAGGCUGGCGGAGACCCCGCGGGUGCGGGACAGCCUGGCCCGGCUGCUGUCACCGCCCGCUCGCUGCCGGCUGCAUGCUGCGCUGGCCUCCUGUGCCACGGCCGCUCUCAUCCUGUCCAACCUGGUCUUCCUGGGUGGCAGCCAGGUGGGCCAGAUCUACUGGGACCGGAUCUUCAUCCAAGGCUGGCCCUGGGUGACUCUGUCGGUGCUGGGGUUUCUGUACUGUUACGCCCACGUGGGCAUUGCCUGGGCCCACACGUGCUCACUGGACUGACCCCAAUCCUGCACCCUGAGACAGCACCAGCAUGUGCUCCCUGUUUAUCCUGACGGGACCCUGGGUAAGGGAGCAGGGUCCAGGCAUGAGGACAUGAUGCCUCACCUUUGGGAGUCCCAGAAUCUCGUUCUGUGAGGGGCUCAGGCCCUGGUUCUCUGUCUUUAUGGGGCGGGCAGUUCUUGGUGGCAGCCCAGAAAUGGCCUGGGGGAGCGCCAAUGUCUUCCCUGGCUGCUGCUCUUGAAUGGCCCACAGGUGGUCUUGGGAACUCAGCCCCAGUCUGGAAUGGGGGCCAGCCCCCCUGGGCCUGAGAACUCUAGCUCUCACCCGCCACAAGCUGUAGCCCGUGACUCCAGCGCCUGCAGGCAUGGGGGUAGGUGAGGGGUGCUCCUCUCCCACCCGCCCCAGCCCAGCCAGUCACAUGGCUUUGCGGUCAGGAAAGAAGGAGCCUUUUUUCUAGGGUGCAGAAAAUCCUGAUUUGCUCUGGGCUCCCUGUGGGUGUCACUGAACUGGGGCCCCACUGGGGCGCUGGAGAGGCUCGGUCUCCUGCGCCUGACACUGCAGCCCCUGGCGCCAGUCCGGCUUGCUGGACACUGUUGUGGGACAGCGGAUCUGACAGGGACCUGCCCCUUUGCAGAGGUGGUCAGCGCUGGGCAUUUGAGUUCUCAUGCUUAUCCAAAGGUGUUCCUUGUGCUUUUUGAAAAAAAUUAAUUUUUUAGCGCCACACCUGGCAGUGCCCAAGGAUCACUCAUGGGGGGCUCAGGAGACCCUUUAGGGUAUUGGAAAUCCAACCUGGGUCAGCCAUGUGUCAGGCCAGUGCCUCAGCUUCAGGGCCGUCUCUGGGCCCCCACACUCCACCCGCAAACUCUGGACUGUGAGCUGUGGGUCUCUUUGGGAACUGCUCGUCCCAAGAAACUGGUGUUUGGGGGUUUGGCAGGCGCUGACCGGUGUUUGGCUCCCAUCUGGAG